AUGAGCGCAAAGUACAUCUUCAUCUCACUCCCGGAAGAUGCCGACGGCCUCAAAGCCGCCGUCGGCGACAACGGCUCAGUGCUGCCCUUUCAGAUCCCCAACUUCAAGAUUGGCACAUUAGAUGCACUCGUCCAACAAGCCGAUGACCUGACCAAGUUGGAGUCGGCCUGCCAAGGCCUCGUCUCCCGUGUCUCCGACUCCCUGCGAACCCUUCUCGAUGGAAACGACGAUAAGAUCAACCAGCAGAAGACCGUCAACGACAAACCCACCGAUAACUACCUCCGGACCUUUUCGUGGAACAAAGUACGAUACCGCGCAGACAAGUCCAUCGGUGAACUGGUCGACAGCCUACAGAAGGAACUAGUCACCAUUGACAAUGAUAUCAAGGGCAAGCUCAGCCAGUACAACAGUGUCAAGAACAACUUUGCUACCCUUCAGCGAAAGCAAACGGGCAAUCUGGCAACCAAGUCGCUGACCCCCAUUGUGGACCCCUCCGUCCUCAUCAACGACUCGGAGUACCUCGAAACGCACCUCAUUGCUGUUCCCACAACCGUUAAGAAGGAGUUCCUCAAGAGCUACGAGGGUCUCUCGCCAAUGGUCGUGCCUCGGUCCGCUACCGAUGUAGCCCGCGACGAUGAGUUCACCUUGUUUGCCGUCACAACCUUCAAAAAGCACAGUGCCGAGUUUGUGCAGAAGUGCCGCGAGAACAAGUGGACGCCUAGACAGUACAAGUACGUCGAGGGCGGCAAGGAGGAGGAGCAGCGCGAACUCGCCCGCGUUGAGAAGGAAGAGAGAAAGGUCUGGGGAGAGGCUCUUCGCUUGUCGCGUACGGGCUGGUCGGAAAGCGUCAUGAUUUGGGCUCACCUGAUGGCAUUACGCGUUUUUGUCGAAAGUGUUCUCCGUUACGGCCUGCCCCUCGAGUACUCACCUAAUCUGAUUGUAACAACCUCCAAGGCGUCACAAAAGGUCAAGGACGGCUUGGACAAGGCGUUUUCUCACCUCGGAGGCAAUGCUUUUGGCCGCGACAAGCGUGGUAGAAUCACCAAGGACGAUGCGGCACUUUCUUCCGAGAUGGCGGCGGCAGGAUUGGGCGACAACGAAUACACAGCAUAUGUCUACUACGAGAUAGAGGUAUAG